UAAAUACCGACGCAUCGCAUCAAAGCAAGUGUUGUUUUCUAGCAUGAAUUCCACUUUAGAUUCUCUCCCUUCCCCCACACCAAAAUUAAUACUCCUAUCAAACCCUAAAUCAUAAAUUCUCCCCCAAAAAUUAAAUCACAAUUUUCGAUUGAAAUCAAUGGACGGAGCGUGCUGCACAGCUUCCUCACCGGCGUCGCCCUCGGAAAUCUCGAAGCGGCAGCGCCGGCAGCAAGAGAAACCUUACCGCGGCAUACGGAUGCGCAAGUGGGGGAAGUGGGUGGCGGAGAUACGCGAGCCGAAUAAACGCUCCAGAAUCUGGCUCGGCUCCUACUCCUCCCCCGUCGCGGCGGCGCGUGCCUACGACACCGCCCUGUUCCACCUCCGCGGCCCCUCCGCGCGCCUCAAUUUCCCCGAAUUCAUCGUCAAGGACGUCGUCGACGAGCCGCGCGAUUUAUCCGCCGCCGCGAUUAGGAAAAAAGCCACCGAGGUCGGCGCCAGAGUCGACGCGAUGCAAAGCGCGCGCUCCGGAUCGGGCCGGGCUGUCGAGAAGCCCGAUUUGAAUGAGUAUCCGAGCCCGGAGAGCUCGGAGGAAAAUUGAAUUAGUCUCAAUACGGUUUGUGAUUUCAUAUCACAUUUUUUUUAAUAUUUAUUAAUUUUGUUUUUCUUUUUUUUUUUGGGGUCUGUAAUUUUUAGGGGUUUGUAGCGUUGAAUUUGGGUUUAUGUAAAGGAGAAGCUUAUAGAGAUUAGCUUAAUUGUGUGUUAUCAACAGUUAAUUGUAUAAAAAAGUUAUGGAAUUUCCUUUUA